AUACAUAUAUCUCAACAUGAAAGCAACGCGUGAUGUUAACAGGGGUAAUACGUUUACAUCCACUAUCAUCAUCACUCACACAGCCAUCGCAGACGGGCAAAGCGCACAUCGCGCAGGAAAAUCCAGUGACCACAUCGCAUGACGCGACGGAUUUAGGACGUUCCACUUCCACCAUCACCUCGUCGUCCGCAUCCGACUCUUCUUCAGCGCAGUCAUAGUAGAGGCUCGGGCGGUGGCACUGUUGAGUUACACGAGGCUAAGGCUUUCGUGAUCGGGGUGCAACAUUGCCAAUCACGGCAUAUUCUACUUACCAAUCAUCACCAAUUUCCACCUGCACUCCACCGCACUGUACAGGGCCCAUAGCCACUCCUCAUGGCCGCCCCGAUGGCAUCAAGCUUGCAGCUCAGUAUGGACGAAAUGCAAGCACUGAAGUCCCUGCCGGUUGCAACGCAACUCGCAGCAAAGAAGGCUCUACAGGGAUCUAUUAUAGAUCUGGCAGCACUGGUUGACUUUAUCCCGCUCAAAAAUACUUCCCAUUUUUCUUGCUUGGUGCCCGUCUUUCAUGCAACGCUUCACUCAGUUCAAGUACCAAACUCCAUCAAUUCCAGGACUUCUCCUACCAUCUUGCGUGCGAAGUGGGCUCUCUCAGGCCUGCUGAAGAUUUGCUCUGACGCCUCUUAUGAUGGUCGUGACGAAUCUGUGACGAAGCAUAUUGUGGCGAGGUGGGAGCAAAUAUACCCAUGGAUGCAGUUCUUCGCUCGAAAUUGCCUCCCCCCUCCUUAUGACGUCUCACUUGCUCCUCCGCACCCCGAUCUUUGCAGCAUGUUUGAUGCUGCAAAGUUGUCCACAUACCCGCUCACACUCAUCUGCCACAACUCCGAGGAAGGGCGUCACACGCUCCGGUCUUCCGUUUCUGUCCAGCACUUUGUAGCACAGUUAUGGAUAUUGAUCGGAAAUCUUAAGGGAGAUGUACUCAAAGGCGACCCUGGAAAUACAAAGGACGGCCUUGUUUCGAUGCUCCGGGCCUCUUUUGCGCUAACAAACUAUGUUUGCGUAUCUGAAUCUGAAGAUCCAGACAAAAUCACUCUUCCGCUAUCGAAUUAUAUUCACGCUGCCGGAGGGGUGAAGCCCGUUGUCAUCACCCUUCUUAAAUACAUCCGUCGUAUUGUCAGAGAUGCUGUUGAUGUACCAGAACCUCGAUCGUGGACGGCACGUGAUCAGAGUGUAAAAUACCUCCAUCUCUUCACCACCGGUCUCCGUUAUUCCUUCCAGUUUCUCCAGACCAUCAGUCGCCAAGAUGCUUCGUGCCGCGCACAACUUAUCAGUCGAGGUUCUAUUCCUACAGUGGUAGACGCGAUCACUCGGAUCUCGCCGAGGAUCUUGGUGCAAGUAAACGAGGAAAUCGAUUUCCAUCCACACCUGGGGCUAGCAAUCAGGCAGCAAGUGCUGUGGACGGGCUAUUCAUACAUUGCAUCUGCUAUUCGCGAUGCAGACGACGGGAUAACAGGCGUAUGCCAGGCACUUGAUGCUGGCCUCCUCAAAACCUUGAUGAAGGCGGUUGUUUGCCCUGCUCACGCCGACCGUCGUGAUCACCCGCCCCGUGGCCGCAUGGGUGACGUAGAGUUACUCUUCCUUCUGGCCACAUUUUUCAUAUACCACCGAGUCACCACUUCUAUUUUCCGACACUGGUUCCUCAUGGAAAAUUCUCCUAUAGAAAAACCAGUGAUACGCGACGAAGGCUUAGGGAUUGCUCUCAGCCUUGUCCUGACAGCCAGUACCGAUGCUAUCAGACAGCGCAAUAUAGAGCCUAUAAACUUCUAUGAAUACAGGUGCAGUGGUCCAGGAUGUCGGAUGCGCGCAUCCGGGUUUGUCAACAAAAAGCGCCGGUGCUCAGGCUGCUUGAUAUUACUUUAUUGUUCGGAUAAAUGCCAAAGGGCUGCUUGGCGCAGUGGACACAAGAAAUGGUGUCAAGUUCUGAGGUGCACUGUCGAUGUGGAAACCCACAUUCGUAAAGCACGGCAACAGUUCCCUGCAUUCAGCAAUAAACUCGUACUCAUGCUCGACAUGACUGUGUUCCCGACGGAGAUCCACGUGCUGCCCCUACACAAGGUUGAGCAGUUCCCCGGUAAAGACCCCAUAUGGCCAGAGAUUUCUGACGAGAUUCGCGAGCGAAGCGACUCGCCACCGAAAGGAUAUAUGUUUUCAGUGGUUAAGGUCCAUCUGGGGAAUUCGAAGUUUAUGCUGUUCAGCCCAAGCACGGCAUUGAAUAUGGCAUUCGAGUGCCAGUAUCUUUCGGAUGAUGAGCCAUGCGUUUCUGGGGAUGAAGAUGAAGACUAUGAUUCGGAAUCGCAAGGUGAUCCGGACUCUGAAUAA